GCCCAAUUGCUAGUUUACACAUACAACUUCACGAGAAAAAGAUGAACGGAAUCAACUACUCUGGAACAACACAGCAGCGCUCAAGCGUGCAGUCUGUGCCCAAAAUCAGCGACGACCAGCUGGCAGAGAUCCACGAGGCAUUCUCGCUGUUUGACACCAACAAGGACGGGCUGAUUGACUUUUUCGAGCUGAAGGUUGCAAUGAGGGCGCUUGGGUUCAACCAGAAGAAGCAGGAGGUGCUGCAGAUCCUUCAGGACCACGGAACAGACGAAUCGUCAGGGAGCAUUGACCGGGAGAGCUUUACGCGCGUAAUGGCGGAUAUGAUCUCUAGACGCGACCCGGUCGAGGAGUACCGGAAGGCAUUCAAGCUUAUUGACGAGAACAACAAGGGAAAGAUCACUGUGAGCAACCUCGAGCGGAUUGCGCGUGAGCUUGGCGAGACCAUCUCGAAAGAGGAGAUCCAGGCCAUGGUCGAUGAGUUUGACCUGGACCAGGACGGCGGCAUUAACGAGGAUGAGUUUAUCAAGAUCAUGACGAGUGGCCAAUAGGUUUAUUCUCCAGCGUGAGCAGCCGACGGCAAUGCAAACUGCUUCACCGGUCCUCUCCCAUUCCAUUGUCGACACACUAGCUCCAAUGUCUUUCGUAUAAAAGGAAAC